CGACAGUACCGAGCGUUUCACGACAGUACCGUACAUGAUGCCAAGGGCGUUUCACGACAGCGCCGUAAAUGUUUUGAAGGGCGUGCUUACGACAGUGCCUUGUGUGUUACAAAGAGCUUUACAGCCCUUCGGAUUGCCCGCAUUGAAGUGAAUGUCACGUGACUCGCGGUUGCGCUGCGGCUUCAGAGGUAAAACCUCUGAUCUGCCUGGGAGGGGGGUUGUUGUGGUGUUUAAUGCUCGUGUGAAGACGGACGGGCGCCUCCCCCUGUUGUCAGCCAACCGUGCUCAUCGGAGGCGACCCACGAGCCGCGGACCUCACGAGGUGCGGCGCGUUGCCGGGCCGCCAUGGUGGUGGGGUUCGACCCGAGCCAGCGCAGCCUCGCGCCGGCGGAGGUGGCGCUGUGCGGCGCUCUCUCGGGCUUCGUGACGCGGGCCGCCGUCAGCCCGCUCGACGUCGUCAAGAUCCGCUUCCAGCUCCAGGUGGAGCGGAUCUCUGCGCUGGAGCCGCGGGCCAAGUACCGGGGCCUGGCGCAGGCUGUGCGCGCCGUGCUACGCGAGGAGGGUCUCGCCGCCUUCUGGAAGGGGCACGUGCCCGCCCAGUUGCUCUCCAUCACCUACAGCGGCGUGCAGUUCGUGACGUUUGAGCGCCUGACGGAGCUGGUGCACAGGCGCACGCGCUUCGAGGCCACGCAGGCGCACGUCCACUUCGCGUGCGGCGGUGCCGGGGCCUGCAUGGCCUCGCUGGUGGCCCAGCCCCUGGAUACGCUGCGCACGAGGCUCGCGGCGCAGGGAGAGCCCAGGCUCUACCGGGGGGUGUUGCACGCGGUUGUCACCAUGUGGCGGGGCGAGGGGCUGCGGGGCUUCUACCGCGGCCUCUCCCCCACGCUCGCCGCCGUCUUCCCGUACGCGGGGCUGCAGUUCGGCUUCUACAACGUGUUCACGCGCGCUGCCAGCAGCCUGGCCGCACGGACGCAGCGUCGCACCGGGGGCCUGCAGACCCUGGUGUGCGGCGCCGCAGCGGGGGUGCUGAGCAAGACGCUCACCUACCCCUGCGACCUCGUCAAGAAGAGGCUGCAGGUGAUGGGGUUCGAGCAGGUGCGGCGCCACUUCGGAGAGGUGCGUGCGUACGCGGGUGCGUGCGACUGCGUGUGCCGCGUGCUGCGGGAGGAGGGCCUCCCGGGCCUCUACAAGGGGCUCGUGCCGAGCGCCCUCAAAGCGGCCGCCUCCACGGGCCUCACCUUCCUCACCUACGAGCUGUUCUCGGCGUUCGCGCGCUCUCGCCGCUCCAGCCCCCCCGGGGCCUGAGGCCGCCCCCCCCCCCUGUCCCGCCAUCGAACUCCAGGAGCUUCUCAGGACUUCCGCAGCCUUCUCUGCGUCUCCCGGGUCUUUCGGUGGAACUCUAGGACCCCCUGGUCUGGGACUUGAGGACUUUUCUGAGGUCUUCCGUGCAACUCCAGAACCUUCGUGUAGACGCCACUGUCCCUCAUUGGGAGGACUCGACAGAAACCUGGGGGGGAAAACGAGAUCUUCUCUGACACUUUGCGGCCUUCCUUGGGAUUCUAGGACCUUCCGGGACCUUCCGGGGCCUUCCAGGACCAUCCCCAGGAGAUCAGCAAUUGCUCCCUGCAGGGGCCUCCGCUCGACCGCCGCAUACGCGCAGCUCAAUGGAACCAAACGCGACGAAAGUCGAAGGUCGCGAGUCUCAGGGCAGUGCCCCCCCCCACUCUCUCCCCCUUCCUCUCCGCUACUGGGUGAGAGGUCACGAGUUGUGGCCGGGCUGGGUCGCUGGACCACCGCGCCGGGCGGAUGUGGAGCGCACGCGGACUCAGAAGUUCCCGGCCCAGGCGUUACUGAAUGUGUGGUGGUGGUGGUGCGUGCGAGCGAGUGAGCGGAGCCACGUCGUCACGUGUCCUCUGUUAGACUUCAAUGCCGCUGACCGUUGCCGGCCAUCUUAGCGUGGCGGGGUUGGCUGGUCCGCGUGUUUUCUGCCCUCCCCUUCUUCUGCAUGGGGGGUGGUUUCCUUCGGGGUUCUCAUGUUUCCAAAAGCAAACCACAAAGUGUGACCGGUAUUGUGCCAAGAAAAUAAUUGCACCGCAAUUUGCUAAAUUUGGAUCGCACGCAACAAAAAGAGAUUCAGGCUUUCCUUGUUGAACGAGUGUGAGUGGUGAAACGAGUGUGAGUGGUGAAACGAGCGUGAGUGGUUUUAUCUCCUGGUUAAACACACAGCCACUAUGGGGCCCAUCACGGCAAGGAGUGGUUUUAUCUCCUGGUUAUACACGCAGCCACUAUGGGGUCCGUCACAACACGGAGUGGUUUUAUCUCCUGGUUAUACACGCAGCCACUAUGGGGUCCAUCACAACACGGGGUGGUUUUAUCUCCUGGUUAUACACGCAGCCAC